CAACAUUUUACAGAUAAAAAGGCCGUGAAGUAACCCUUAUAUAUAGUUAGGGAGGCGAACAAAGGAAAGGCAAGGUUCCAGUUGACCCAAAAGACUAGCAACUAGCGAGGCAAGUGCACGUUAAAAACGAGUGAAAAGAGUAAUUACAUACAAAAAUGGCGUUCGUAACUUCAUUUUUGUGCUUCUUUAGUGGAGGAGAAGAAGAACCCUAAAAAGCUCACUUCAUCUUCUUCGAAAUUUUUAGGUGAACCCAAUUUGGAGAAUUUUUAGAUUAGCACAAUGCUGACAACAGAUAUUGUGUUAAGGUGAAAUAAAGUUAUCUUGAAUUGUAGUGGUUUGAAAUAAUGGAUGAAGAUAACAGUUUGAAUAUUCGUAAUUGGGGUUACUAUGAGCCAACAACUGUUAAAGGAAAUCUGGGUCUUCAGCUCAUGGCUCCAACAAUGCCUGAGAAACCCUUUUCGGGUUCGCGCAGUGCUGCCAUCAUGACUAGUAUGAAUGAAGGUUUUCAUCAUAGGGAUAUGGGGGUUUCGCAGCACAUGUUCCCUAUGGAGCACAUGAGGGAUCCUUCAAUUGACAAGAGAGAAAAGUUUCACCAUGUAUUCACUGGAAACCAUGAUUAUGAUGUGGUUUUUCCGGAAACAUCUUCAGCUAAUCAUAUGCAAAUGUUUCAACCACCUAAUUCGGCAAAUGAUGAAACACUGGACCAAGUUGAAGGUGCUGGUGUUGUUGAAAAGGAAAAUGGUCCUGAUAAGAAGAAGCAGCGUCCUAAAGCCUUGAAAUGCCUUAAAGCAAAGAAGGGUAAGAGAGGCCCUCAAGUACCCAAGCCUGACGGUAGUACUUCUGCUCAACAAGGAAAGUCUGCCAAGAAAACUGUUGAAAUUAUGAUAAAUGGGAUCAGUAUGGACAUUUCAUUAUUUCCUAUACCAAUUUGCUCAUGCACUGGCACCCCCCAACAAUGCUAUCGUUGGGGUUGUGGUGGGUGGCAAUCAGCUUGUUGCACGACAUGCAUUUCUGUGCAUCCCUUGCCUAUGAGUAUGAAACGACGUGGUGCAAGGAUAGCAGGGAGAAAAAUGAGUUUAGGAGCUUUUAAGAAGGUCAUAGAGAAACUUGCUGGUGAAGGCUAUGACUUCUCUAAUGCAAUUGAUCUCAGAACACAUUGGGCUAAACACGGUACAAACAAGUUUGUCACUAUCAAGUAGAUGUCCCAUGUGAAUUCUCUUUCUGCUUGCACUCUUAGCUUUUUCAAUAUUGAUGCCAAGGAAAAUGCUGUAGAGAUGGGAUUUAUUUAAUACAUUUGUACCUCAUAGUUUCUUUUUC